AUGCCGCACGCAGAAGGUAGCUCGCCUACCGCUGUCAGGGAUGAGCCUGUCGACGACGCCGCCAUCACCAGCAGCAUCCCUCAAGGCGACGACGACGACGACGACGUCGACAUGCUCGACGCCAGCGGCGCCGCCAUUGACGGUGCCGUGAAACAGACCGACACCAAGCUAGAAAAUCUCUUUGACAACGAUGAUGACGACGAUGACGAGGAGUUUCCGUCCUCGGCGCCCGUCAAGGCAGCGCCCAGCUCGCCUCAAGGUCCUGCCUCGCCUAUGGACUUGUCAGCACUUAAAGCUUCGGAUCCCGAAGUCAUGCGCAGCUUCUACCAGCGCCUGUUUCCCUGGCGCCAGCUCUUCCAGUGGCUCAACCACAGCCCGACGCCAACAAACGACUUUGGCCACCGCGAGUUUGCCUUUACCCUGCAAAAUGACGUGUAUCUACGAUAUCAGUCUUUUGCCACGGCUGACCUUCUCCGCAAAGACGUCCUGCGCCUCCUACCCUCCCGCUUCGAAAUCGGCCCCGUUUACUCAACUAACCCGCGCGACCGCAAGACGCUGCGCAAUUCCUCCGCCUUCAAGCCUCUCGCCAAGGAGCUGUGCUUUGAUAUCGAUUUGACAGACUACGACGACAUCCGCACGUGCUGCGACAAGGCCAACAUCUGCAACAAAUGCUGGCAGUUCAUGACAAUGGCGAUCAAGGUCAUUGACGUGGCGCUGCGCGACGACUUUGGCUUCCAGCACAUCAUGUGGGUGUACUCGGGUCGUCGUGGUGCCCACGCGUGGGUGUGCGACAAGAAGGCCCGCGGUAUGGAUGACCAGAAGCGCAAGGCCAUUGCCGGCUACCUCGAGGUCAUUCGCGGCGGCGCGCAGAGUGGAAAAAAGGUCAAUGUGAGACGACCGCUGCAUCCUCAUAUCGCCCGGAGCUUGGAAAUUCUCAAGUCGCACUUCCAGGAGGAUGUUCUCACCGUGCAGAACCCCUGGGCCGCCGACGACCGCUUCGACGCGCUGCUGCAGCUGCUCCCCGACCGCACCCUCAAUGAGUCCCUCCGCCACAGGUGGAAUGCCUCGCCCGGCCGCGCCUCGACGUCCAAAUGGGCCGACAUUGAUACGCUCGCCAAGACGGGCGCCAGCAAGUCCCUCGACGCGCGCGCUCUAAAAGAAGCCAAGCAGGACAUUGUUCUCGAGUACACCUACCCGCGCCUCGACAUUGAGGUCAGCAAGAAGCUCAAUCACUUGCUCAAGUCGCCGUUUGUCGUGCACCCGGGCACUGGCCGCGUCUGCGUGCCCAUUGACACGUCAAGCGACGAAUCCAUCGCGGCGUUUGAUCCGCUCGCCGUGCCGACGGUGCAGGGCCUGCUGGCCGAGAUUGACGCCUGGAAGGGGGACGAGAGCGAGGGCGCCCCGGCCGUGGCGGACUGGGAAAAGACGAGCCUGAAGCCGCAUGUAGAGUACUUUCGGUCUUUUGUCGCGGGCAUCAUGCGGGAUGAGCGCGAGGCGCGCGUCAAGAGGGAGCGAGACGAGGAUUCCAUGGAGUUUUGA